GGAAAGAAAGCCGGCCGGAUACGAACCCCCGGCUGCUUCCGGGCCUAGAUUCCGAGCCAGCGCCCUCGCUGGGCCGGAGGAGAAGUGACGCUGCUGCCGGAAUAUGGCGGCGACGGCGACGAUCGCUUCGUCAACCACGGCCUCUGCCACGGCGACGGUCAGUGCAGCGGCUCUCGGGGAGGUGGAGGAUGAAGGGCUCCUGGCAUCGCUGUUCCGAGACCGCUUCUCCGAGGCCCAGUGGCGGGAGCGGCCCGACGUGGGCCGCUACCUCCGGGAGUUGAGCGGCUCCGGGCUGGAGCGGCUAAGGCGCGAGCCCGAGCGCUUGGCGGAAGAGCGAGCGCAGCUGCUGCAGCAGACGCGCGACUUGGCCUUUGCCAACUACAAGACCUUCAUCCGAGGCGCCGAGUGCACCGAGCGCAUCCACCGCCUCUUUGGCGACGUGGAGGCGUCGCUCGGCCGCCUGCUCGACCGCUUGCCCAGCUUCCAGCAGAGCUGCAGAAACUUUGUCAAAGAAGCUGAGGAGAUCAGCUCCAACCGCCGGAUGAACACCCUGACUCUAAACCGGCACACAGAAAUCCUGGAAAUCCUGGAGAUUCCUCAGCUAAUGGACACCUGUGUCCGGAACAGCUAUUAUGAAGAGGCCCUGGAGCUUGCAGCCUACGUACACCGACUGGAAAGGAAAUACUCCUCCAUCCCUGUCAUCCAGGGCAUUGUGAAUGAAGUGCGCCAGUCCAUGCAGCUGAUGCUGAGCCAGCUGAUCCAGCAGCUAAGAACCAACAUCCAGCUCCCUGCCUGCCUCCGUGUCAUUAGCUUCCUGCGGUGCAUGGAUGUCUUCACUGAGGCUGAGUUGAGGGUGAAGUUUCUUCAGGCCCGAGAUGCUUGGCUCCGUUCCAUCCUGACUGCCAUCCCCAAUGAUGAUCCCUAUUUCCACAUCACAAAAACCAUUGAGGCCUGCCGUGUCCAUCUGUUCGAUAUCAUCACCCAGUACCGUGCCAUAUUCUCCGAUGAGGACCCAUUGUUGCCCCCUGCCACGGGUGAGCACACUAUGAAUGAGAGUGCCAUCUUCUACGGCUGGGUGCUACAGAGAAUCUCACAGUUCCUGCAGGUGCUGGAGAAUGACCUUCACCGGGGGAUUGGUGGUCGUCUAGACUCUUUGCUGGGUCAGUGCAUGUACUUUGGGCUAUCCUUCAGCUGGGUGGGGGUCGAUUUCCGGGGCCAGUUGGCUCCUGUUUUCCAGCGGGUGGCCAUCAGCACUUUCCAGAAAGCAAUUCAGGAAGCAGUGGAGAAGUUCCAGGAUGAAAUGAAUUCCUACACCCUCAUCUCAGCUCCACCCAUCCUGGGCAGCAGUAACCUGCCUGCUGCUGUGCCAGUCACUCAGCCGGGGACACUGCAGCCACCCAUGGUGCUCUUAGAUUUCCCACCCCUUGCCUGCUUCCUCAACAAUAUUCUGGUUGCCUUCAAUGAUCUGCGCCUCUGCUGUCCUGUGGCCCUGGCACAGGGUGUGACUAGGGCCCUGGAGGACGCCCUUGCCAAGGUAACCAAAACAAUCCUGGCCUUCCAUCGCGCAGAAGAGGCUGCUUUCAGCAGUGGGGAGCAAGAGCUCUUUGUCCAGUUCUGCACUGUCUUCCUGGAAGACCUUGUUCCUUAUUUAAAUCGCUGUCUCCAAGUCCUUUUUCCACCAGCUCAGAUAGCACAGACCUUAGGCAUUCCACCCACUCAGCUCUCCAAGUACGGAAACCUUGGGCAUGUGAACAUCGGCCUCGUCCAGGAGCCUCUUGCCUUCCUCCUGCCGAAAAGAGAGCUGGUCCUCUGUCUAGAUGAAAAGGAGCUGGUGCCGGAGCUCGCAGCUCCAGCAGCCGCCGCCGAGGAGUCAGGCUUGGAGCCCGUCGCUGCAGCUCGCCCUGAGGACGCGCAGGAGCAGGCGGACUCAGCCGAGGCGCCGCAGGCUGAGGCGCCCGGUGCGGACCCCUAGC